CAGCCUUGAGUUCAGGUCCGUUGCAGAUGCAGAGAGAGCCUUCCAGAGUGAGUGACAGCUGUCAAUCUGGAUGGGAGGGAAGCCUUUGCUGGACCGGCACCAUGCCCUGCUUGGCCAAGGGACCGAGGAGGAGAUGGAGAUAUUUGGCUACAGGACCCAGGUCUUCCGGAGGGCCCUUUGCAUUGCUGGCUACCUCUUCUCCUGCGGAGCCCUUCUGCUCCUCUUCUACUGGAAGCCAAACUGGGAUGUCUGGGCCAACUGCAUUCCCUGCAACCUGGAGGAGGCCGAUAUUGUAUUGUUACGGGCAACAGAUGAAUUCCAGAGAUACAAGAGGAAGAAGGUGAUCUCCCUCAACCUGAAGCAUCUCCUGGAAAGUGAAAAACCAGAGCAGCUCUUCAACGAAGACCAGGAAUCUGUCAUCAACAGAGCCAUCACCAGGCCUGGAGACAAAGUGAGGUACAUCCAAGCGCAAAAACUCCGCUACAUCUGGGAUGUUCCUGGAAAAGCCUUCAUCAGAGUUGGAUCACUUGAGGACAGCAACACUUGCUAUCAGAUACACCAGAAAUUUGGAGAUGGGCUGACCGGGAGUCAACGAGAACUCAGGAAGUUGGUGUGUGGACCCAAUGCCAUUGAAAUCGAAAUCCGACCAAUCUGGAAGCUGCUUUUCAAAGAGGUCCUGAACCCAUUUUAUGUCUUCCAAACCUUCUCCCUGACGCUCUGGCUCUCCAUGGGGUACUACGAGUUUGCCACAUUCCUCGUUAUCCUCUCCAUCAUCUCCAUUGGGAUCACCGUCUAUGACCUUCGGCAGCAAUCCAUCAAAUUGCACAACCUGGUAGAGGAGCACAACAAGGUCCAUGUCACCGCCUGGACCAAAGACGAAGGGGAACACCAGUUGGAGUCCUGCCACUUGGUUCCCGGAAACAUCCUCCUCUUGAAAGGGCAGAGGCUCUCCUUGCCCUGCGAUGCCAUUCUCCUGGAGGGAAGCUGUGUGAUUGACGAAGGCAUGCUCACAGGUGAGAGUGUCCCAGUGACCAAGGCCCCUUUGCCCCAAGUGGACAAUGUCCAGCCCUGGAAGAAGCACAGCCUGGAGGACCACCGUCACCACGUCCUCUUCUGCGGCACAGAGGUCAUCCAGACCAGGCCCAGCGGCAAAGGGCCAGUCAGAGCUGUCGUGUUGCAGACAGGUUUCAACACUGCCAAAGGGGACCUGGUGCGGUCCAUCCUCUACCCAAAGCCCCUGAACUUCAGGAUCUACCGAGAGGCCUUCUUCUUCAUUGUUGGCCUGAUGUGUGUUGCCAUUGUGGGGCUGAUCUAUGCCAUUUGUGUAUAUGCAGAGAACAAGAGACCCGUGAAAGAGACAGCGUUGAUGGCCUUGCUUCUGUUGAGCACGGUGGUUACUCCAGCCCUCCCAGCCGCCUUGACCACCGGCAUUGUCUACGCCCAGCGGAGGCUCAAGAAGAGGAAGAUCUUCUGCAUCAGCCCCCAAAGGAUCAACGUCUGCGGGCAGAUCAACCUGGUCUGCUUCGACAAGACUGGCACCUUGACAGAAGAUGGGUUGAAUCUCUUUGGCGUCAUCCCUUGCCAGGACGCAAGCUUCCUCCCGCUGCACAGCUUCUCCUCCUCGGGCCCUUUGCCCUGGGGCCCCCUCUGCCAAGCCAUGGCCACCUGCCACUCGCUCCUCUUCCUGGAGGGGAGGCUCCAGGGGGACCCCAUGGACCUCAAGAUGUUUGAAGGCACCGGAUGGGAGAUGGAAGAAUCCGGUUCAGGAGAGCCAGAGGGUGAUGCGCCAAGGACAUGCUCCGUGGUGAAACCAGGACCCAAUGCUUCCAAGGCCCCGUUGGAAGGGAUGGCCAUCCUGCACCAGUUCCCCUUCUCCUCCUCUCUGCUGCAGAUGUCGGUCAUCACCAAAGAGCUGGGGAAGGACACCCACGGCCUCUACAUGAAGGGAGCCCCCGAGACCGUGGCCAGCUUCUGCCAUCCAAGCACCGUGCCAUCCUCCUUCCAAGCAGAGCUGAAGUCCUUCACGGCCCAGGGCUUCCGGGUCAUUGCCUUGGCCCACAAAGAACUCUCUCUAGAUGCAGGAGACAGCUUCAGGGACCUGGACAGGGAUGAGUUGGAGUCCGGCCUGACCUUCCUGGGCCUCCUGGUCAUGGAGAACCGGCUGAAGGGCGAGACCAGGCCUGUCCUGGAAGAGCUCAGGGAGGCCCGCAUCCAGACCGUCAUGGUCACAGGUGACAACCUGGAGACGGCCAUCACGGUGGGCAGGAACUCUGGCAUGAUCCCUUUGGGAGACAGAGUGAUCCUGGUAGAAGCCAGUGAUCCAGGGGAUCCCCACCCAGUAUCUGUGACUUGGCAGGUGGUGGAGGACACAGAGUCGUGCAAAGAGAAGAACCAAGAUCCCUGCAUUGCUAUUUAUGGCAAAGGGAGCAGCAGCAGCAGCAGUUUCCACUUUGCCAUGAAUGGGAAGACCUUUCAAGUAAUCCAGAAAUUCUUCAGCUCUUUGUUGCCAAAGAUUCUCGUGAAUGGGACUGUGUUUGCACGGAUGUCUCCAGGGCAGAAAUCCAGCCUGGUGGAAGAGUUCCAGAAACUGGAUUACUACGUGGGGAUGUGCGGAGAUGGAGCCAAUGACUGUGGGGCUUUGAAAAUUGCUCAUGCAGGAAUUUCUCUCUCGGAGCAAGAGGCUUCUGUGGCGUCACCCUUCACCUCCCAAACACCCAACAUCGAGUGCGUCCCAGAACUCAUCUGGGAAGGCCGUGCCGCCCUCAUCUCCUCCUUUGCGGUGUUCAAAUACCUGGUCCUUUAUGGUGUGAUUCUGUUCAAUGGCUGUGCUUUGCUUUACUGGCAACUGCAGGUCUUUGGGAAUUAUCAGUUCCUCCUGCAAGACGGUGUUGCUAUGGUGGCCUGCCUGACAAUGAGCCUGACGGAGGCCCAUCCUAGGCUGGCCCCCUUCCGCCCCUCUGGGCGCCUCAUCUCCCCGCCACUCCUGCUCUCCGUCAUCUUCAGCAUCCUCUCGGAUCUUGCCAUCCAGACCUGUGGCUUCGUCUUCGUCAAGAGGCAGGCCUGGUAUGAGCAGGUGCGCAGCUACAGGUGA